CGGGUCACGUGACCACGCCUGUUACCCACGUGGGAACGCAGCGUGCUUCAUUCUUUGUGCUCGGAUUAGAAGUCACGCUAGGACGGGAGCUGGUUAGGUACAGAGUCGCUGUGCUGCUCUGCUCCUAAUACAGGAUUCUCCGGAGGUCUGACUGGCAAGCUUGAAUCAAGACUCUUCACUGAGGUCCUCAGUUGGCCAAAGGGCAGAUCUUACCACGCGGUGAAAAUACUGUUUCGGUGGGCGACGUGGUGCUGGUGCCAAAGGGCGUUCGUCACAGGGAUGCCAAAGCGGGGGAAAAAGGGAUCAGUGGCCGAAGAUGGGGAAGAGCCCAAGAGAGAGCCAGAGGCCAAGAAAAGUAAGGUGGGAGCAAAGAAAAACGAAAAAGAGGCAGCAGGAGAUGGCCCAGUUCUGUAUGAAGAUCCUCCAGAUAAGAAAACCUCACCUAGUGGCAAAUCUGCCACACUGAAGAUAUGCUCCUGGAAUGUGGAUGGGCUUCGAGCCUGGAUUAAGAAGAAGGGUUUAGAUUGGGUAAAGGAAGAAGCCCCGGAUAUCCUGUGCCUCCAAGAGACCAAAUGUUCAGAGAACAAACUCCCAGCUGAGCUUCAAGAGCUAUCUGGACUAUCCCAUCAGUACUGGUCAGCGCCUUCUGACAAGGAAGGAUAUAGUGGUGUGGGUCUACUCUCCCGCCAGUGCCCACUCAAAGUCACUUAUGGCAUUGGUGAAGAGGAACAUGACCAGGAAGGCCGGGUGAUUGUGGCUGAAUUUGACUCAUUUGUGCUGGUUACAGCCUAUGUACCUAAUGCAGGCCGGGGUCUGGUAAGGUUGGAGUACAGGCAGCGCUGGGAUGAAGCCUUUCGCAAGUUCCUGAAGGGCUUGGCUUCCCGAAAGCCUCUUGUACUGUGUGGGGACCUCAAUGUGGCUCAUGAAGAAAUUGACCUUCGUAACCCCAAGGGAAACAAAAAGAAUGCUGGCUUCACCCCACAGGAGCGCCAAGGCUUUGGGGAACUGCUGCAGGCCGUGCCACUGACCGACAGCUUUCGUCACCUCUACCCUAAUGCUGCUUAUGCCUACACUUUUUGGACUUACAUGAUGAAUGCUCGGUCCAAGAAUGUAGGUUGGCGCCUUGAUUACUUUUUGUUGUCCCAUUCGCUUUUACCUGCAUUGUGUGACAGCAAGAUCCGUUCCAAGGCUCUUGGCAGUGAUCACUGUCCCAUCACCCUGUACUUAGCACUGUGACACAUUCUCCAAAUCACUGUGAGCCUGGGAACAUUCCCCCAUACUCCUUCUUUAAUAGCUCUCUAAAAAUCCACACUUUCUCUUCUAUGAGAAUAUGAAUUCUUUGACCAGGCACCAGUGACAGGUUUCUUUUAAGCCCAAGGUUUUUUUGUGUGAAUCCUUACAUUAAAAGCUUCUGAUGACUUCUUUUGAACUAUCCAUGUGUAAAUAAAAGGCCAUAGUUUCAGC